GAGCUUUCCGGCUAAGAGGAGGGAGGAGGAAAGGAGGACUGCCUGACUGAGUAGCUCGCGGAGGCCGGAAGUUGUAGCCGCGUCUGCUGCUGAGCCCGUUAAACGGCGGAGUCUGUCUUGUGCACGCUCACUCCCUUGCGGCCGUUGCUUCCUCCCCCUCCUGUUCGCCCAUGGCCGAAUUCGAUCUCUUCGGCGCCCCUCAGCCGGCGGCGGGGAACGGAGCGCUGGGUGGCGGCGAAGAGGAUCCGGCCGCUGCCUUCCUGGCCCAGCAGGAGAACGAGAUCGCGGGCAUCGAGAACGGCGAGGGCUACAGUAUCCUGGAGAACGGCGACGUGCCGUCGGGGAUGCAGGACGCGGAGGGGCUGUCCGCAGAUGCAGUUGACGGAGUGACAAAUGGUGACAUCUAUCAGGAGAGCAAUGGUCCCACAGACUGCUAUGCUGCUAUUUCACAAGCUGAUCGUCUGCAGACAGAACCGGAGAGCAUCCGCAAAUGGAGAGAAGAGCAACUGGAGCGUCUUGAAGUACUUGAUGCAAACUCUCGAAAGCAAGAAGCAGAAUGGAAAGAGAAAGCAAUAAAGGAGUUGGAGGAAUGGUAUGCCAGGCAAGACGAACAGCUACAGAAAACAAAAGCCAACAAUAGCACAAACAUAAACCAUCCUUGCUACAGCCUAGAACAGGCAGCUGAAGAAGCCUUUGUGAAUGAUGUUGAUGAAUCUUCCCCGGGCACUGAGUGGGAACGUGUGGCUCGGCUCUGUGACUUUAACCCCAAGUCAAGUAAGCAGACAAAGGAUGUGUCCCGCAUGCGCUCAGUGCUGAUUUCACUCAAGCAGGCUCCGCUGGUUCGCUGAAGGGGAAAGCACAUGCAACACUACAAAUGCAAUAUCUUUAACUUUACUCAGAGAAGCUGUGUUUGCAGUAAUUGAAUUAUGUUUCAGUGUUUUUUGUUUUUGGACCAAACCUCAUGAUGUAUUUAGAGUUUGAUCAUUGUUUUGUGAGUGCAUGUUUUUUCCCCCCCUCAUCUGUGUCCUCCUAGUGUCCAGACUGGGAAGAAGCUUCCAGAACUGUAGUCUUUGUGCUCUCGGGCAUUGAGAUUUCACUUUCAGCUGUACUGAUAUUAAAGAUCUGUUUAAACAGCA